CAUUUAGCCUGGAGAGGAUCUUGCGGACUGGCAGCCUGUGCCCAUCCCAAGCUUCAAACGUUGAAAACGGACAGACUGUUUUGAGUAUGCAUGGUGCCUCCCUGAAUGUGACGUCCUCCGAAUUUGAUGUUCCGGCUGAAGCAAAAGCACAGGCAACCACGCAUGAUUCGACCGAGACAGCGCAAGUUGCCCCAGCCAGGUUCACGGGCACUGAAGAUUUUGUGAUGCACAUUGACGAGCUCUUCACAUCCCUGAAAGCGAUGCCUCUGCAGCGGCCCCCAUCAACCAUAGCAAAUGCCAGCAUCGCUUAUAUAGCAGGGUUCGUGGCGAGAGCAGUUGAGGAGCGGAGAACAUGCAGCUUCUGCCCUCCCCUCCACCAGUCGGAUGGACCCAGCCCCGUGCUGAUGGGGCUUAUUGACCUGCAAUCAAGGGGUGGGCUAACCUUCCCAAGGUCAGAAUUUGUCACGGUCCUUGUGACCGUUAAGAAGGCUGUUGACAUUGCCCUGCCGCGCAUAAAAAAGAGCAACGUGCGUCAGCAGCUGGCUGAACUGUUAUUGCCUCGACUAGAGCAGUGCCCCCUUUUCGUUUGCCCAGCAAGGGAGGACCACGCCGCAAGCACACUAUCUGUAGUGUUUGAUAAGUUCAUGAGGCCACUCCUCGCCAACGUCGGCGCUACUGUGACAGACAGGGCUGCUUACCGCAAGAAGCUGGCCUGCAAGCCACUGCACAGGAAAGUGCUCCGUGUUUAAAAUAAACACAAUGUAAAAACGGAUGCCGAACAAUAUGGCUCCGAUUUUGCCUUUGUAAAUAAAAUGUCAUUUA